AAUACCGUUCCCCAUGAUGUAUUUCCUCUUCCGCAACCGAUCCUCGUUUUACCCGGUCGCAACAGCAACGCUGAAUACCAAGUGCACUNGUUGGACAGUGCGACUGGUCACGUGAGCUCGAUUGAAAGGAAGGAUCAGCCGGGAAUCAGCGCGUCAGUCCGACAGGAAUUCAUGUUUUACAACGGGAUGCGAGGGUUUAAUCAGAAUUUUAGCGACAGAGCGUCUGGGGCUUAUAUUUUCAGGCCUGAAAGUCAAGCUCCGUUGACCAUGCGAGAUCAGUUGGAUGUGUCUUUUGUUGCUGGUGACGUGUUGACAGAAAUUAGAGCUUACACAGAAGACUGGGCCAGUCAUGUGAUCCGAUUCAGAUCUGACAGUGAGGUUCUGGAAUCUGAGUGGAUUGCUGGACCGAUUCCGAUUGACGACGGAGUGGGGAAGGAGUUGAUUUCUCGCUUUGUGACUGAUAUCCGCAACGGAGCCAAGUUCUACACCGACUCGAACGGGAAAUUGACAGAACCCAGAACGCGAGACUACAGGCCAACGUUUGAAUUGGGCGAUGACACGGAAGCUGUUUCUCGGAAUUAUUAUCCAGUUUUAUCUAGAAGUUAUAUCCGAGAUGAGGACCAAUCUGAUCCGAAUUUGGCAAGACAAUUGACCAUUUUGACGGAUCGAGCGCAAGGAGGAGGAAGCAUCGUUGACGGGGCUCUUGAGUUGAUGGUCCACAGAAGGUUGCUGUACGACGACGCAUUCGGCGUUGGCGAAGCUUUGAAUGAAUCUGCUUUUGGAACCGGACUCGUGGCGCGUGGAUUGCAUAAAUUCAUUCUAACGUCUGUCAGCAACGCGGCAAAGUUGUACAGAGCCGAGGAAGUGAAGGACAUAAUGCGUCCCUUGUACGCUUUUGCACCCACUUCUCUGAGUGCCAAAAAGUGGCUAACCGGAUAUGCAACUAAGGUGUCUGCGUUGAAAGCUCCUUUGCCAGAGAACGUGAAUUUGAUGACAUUGGAGCCAUGGAGGGAUGGUAGAUUGUUGAUGAGGCUCGAGCACAUGUUUGAACCUGGAGAAGAUGCUGUGUUGUCAAAUUCUGCGCCAAUAGAGCUU